AUGCAUCUUGCCAGAAAGUGCAAGCUGUUGCUGGUAACAAUUCUUGUAGUGGAAGGGAUUGCCGUUGCACAGAAGACACAAGGUGGGCAAAAUAUUGGAGUGAACCGCGUUCCUCCUACCCAGUGUGAUAAUUGGGUACGGACAAGUAAUGGAGGUCACUUUGCUUCGCCAAACUACCCUAACAUGUACCCACCAAAUCAAGAGUGUAUCUAUAUCUUGGAAGCUGCUCCGCGACAAAGAAUUGAGUUGACCUUUGAUGAACCUUAUUAUAUAGAACCCUCAUUUGAAUGUCGGUUUGAUCAUCUGGAGGUUCGAGAUGGACCUUUUGGUUUCUCCCCUCUCAUUGAUCGUUACUGUGGUCUGAAAAGCCCUUCACUAAUUAGAUCAACAGGGAGAUUUAUGUGGAUCAAGUUUACUUCUGAUGAGGAGCUGGAAGGAAAGGGAUUUCAAGCAAAGUACUCAUUUAUACCAGAUCCUGACUUCACUUACCUAGGAGGUAUUUUAAAUCCCAUUCCAGACUGUCAGUUUGAGCUCUCAGGAGCUGAUGGAAUAGUACGUUCUAGUCAAGUAGAACAGGAAGAAAAAACAAAACCAGGACAAGCAGUUGACUGCAUAUGGACAAUUAAGGCCACUCCAAAUGCUAAGAUCUAUUUGCGAUUUCUGGACUAUCAAAUGGAGCAUUCGAAUGAAUGCAAAAGAAACUUCGUUGCUGUAUAUGAUGGAAGUAGCUCUAUUGAAAACCUGAAGGCAAAGUUUUGCAGCACUGUAGCAAAUGAUGUCGUGCUGCAGACCGGGACUGGCGUGGUACGCAUGUGGGCAGAUGAAGGCAGUAGACUAAGCAGAUUCAGAAUGCUGUUCACUUCAUUUGUGGAUCCUCCCUGCUCGGGCAGCACUUACUUCUGCCAUAGCAACAUGUGCAUCAAUAAUUCUUUAGUCUGCAACGGCAUUCAAAACUGUGCAUACCCUUGGGAUGAAAAUCACUGCAGAGAAAAGAAAAAGACUGGAUUGUUUGAGCAAAUCACCAAAACUCAUGGAACAAUCAUUGGCAUCACAUCAGGGAUAGUUUUAGUUCUUCUUAUCAUUUCCAUUCUAGUGCAAGUAAAGCAACCUCGCAAAAAGGUUAUGGCUUGCAAGACUGCUUUCAAUAAAACUGGUUUUCAGGAAGUAUUUGAUCCUCCGCAUUAUGAACUAUUUUCACUAAGGGACAAAGAAAUUUCUGCAGAUUUUGCAGAUUUAUCAGAAGAACUUGAAAACUAUCAGAAAAUGAGACGCUCUUGAUGCAUUCAUGACCACCACUGUGGCUCUCAGACCUCUAACAUAAAACAGAGCAGGACAAACCUCAGCUCCGUGGAACUGCCCUUCCGCAAUGAUUUUGCGCAGCCUCAGCCAAUGAAAACAUUUAAUAGCACAUUCAAGAAGAGUAGUUACACUUUCAAACAAGCGCAUGACUGCCCUGAGCAAGUCAUAGAAGACAGAGUUAUGGAAGAGAUUCCCUGUGAAAUCUAUGUUAGAGGAAGAGAAGAUACUGCACAAGGUUCAUUAUCUAUUGACUUUUAAUUUCCUAAUGAAGGUGAUAACAGUGUAUAUACAGGAUGCUUGUAUAUAUAAAUGACAGUGUAUAUAUUAAAAAUGUACCAUAUGCAGCGUGUGAGA